AUGUCGGGGCCGCCUCCGUCCGAGGACGGCCAGGCCGUCGCGGCCGUCGCGGCCGUGGCAGAGCCGGCGGAUGGAGACGGAGGAGACGUCGCUUGCAAAAGGCUCCGAAUCUCCUUGGAACGAGAAGAGGCGGGAGGCUCGCCAAACGCAUGGGCUCAGCAGACCAUGGGGCGCAUGGCACCACCGCAAGACGAGGAGGAUUCUCCGACCAGCACGGCACAUUUUCCAUUUGGCCUGUCACACGAUCCUUAUGACACCUUCGUCAAACAGCAGCUCAUGCUUCUGGAGGACGAGCCACUGAGCGGGCAAUCGGUCAAGGCUGUGAGGCUGCGGUCCCUGGAAGUGGAGGACAGCUUGGUGCAGGAGCUAUCUGAGCAGCUUCGAGCUUUGGAGGCUUGGCAGUGCAGAAAGGAUGGUGAGGAUGUGUCAGUUAUCAUCCAGAAUCAGUUUUGCUUUUCGAGUGCUUGCACGGCGCUGCCCGUUGCUUUGAUUCAAUCUGCACCCGGCAUUGUUGCAUGA